UCAUCAUCAUUUUCUAUCAGCGAGUGGAGCUAUAUACCUGUUUGCGUCAUAUAUACCUACGUAUAGGGUAUAAUAUAUAUACCUUCUUCUCUUUCCAUUUUCGCAUAUACUAUCUGCCCGGCAAAGGAAUACCAGAACUUCUGCGCAUUCAAAUCUCGUAAAGGUUUCAAGAGAGAGAAAUUUUGCCAAUUUUUCAAUUAUUCAUUCCUUUUUUUUUUUUUUUUGUUUCUUCAUUCGCCAGCUCUGUCAAACUCUCUCCCUUCUUUUCCCUGUCUAAAACCACAAAUUUGAACAUCAGGUAAUCUUCCGGAGGGACGCGGAGAUCUCAGAAGUUCAUUUUGUAGAACUUUUGUGAUAGCUGAAGUUAGGAGCUUUGAAGGUCUAACUAUCUUUUCUUGAAGGCACUUUAAUUAUUGUACAGAAUGUCUGGCUCUGUGAAAGGUUUGGAACCUGCAUUUCAGGGAGCAGGACAAAAAGCAGGGACUGAGAUCUGGAGAAUUGAGAAUUUUCAACCAGUUCCUUUGCCAAAAUCUGAUUAUGGUAAAUUCUACUCGGGUGAUUCUUACAUCGUCUUGCAGAUAACUGCUGGUAAAGGAGGUGCUUAUUUGUAUGACAUACACUUUUGGAUUGGAAAGGAUACUAGCCAGGAUGAAGCGGGAACCGCUGCUAUCAAAACUGUAGAGCUUGAUGCAAUUCUUGGAGGGCGAGCAGUACAGCACAGAGAAAUACAAGGCCAUGAGUCUGAUAAAUUCUUGUCCUACUUUAAGCCAUGUAUUAUACCGUUGGAAGGUGGUGUUGCAACUGGAUUUAAGAAACCAGAGGAAGAAGAAUUUGAAACACGGUUAUAUACUUGUAAAGGAAAAAGAGUUGUUAGAUUGAAGCAGGUCCCAUUUUCUCGAUCCUCACUAAACCAUGAUGAUGUGUUCAUUCUGGAUACAAAAGAUAAGAUAUAUCAGUUCAAUGGUGCAAACUCCAAUAUUCAGGAAAGGGCCAAAGCAUUAGAAGUAAUUCAGUUUUUGAAGGACAAAUAUCAUGAGGGGAAGUGUGGUGUUGCUAUUGUAGAGGAUGGAAAUUUACAGGCAGAGUCAGAUUCUGGUGAAUUCUGGGUGCUUUUUGGUGGGUUUGCUCCAAUUGGCAAGAAGGUUACUACCGAAGAUGAUAUCAUUCCGGAGAGGACUCCUGCUAAGCUAUUUAGCAUUACUAAUGGUCAGGUCAAUCCUGUAGAUGGCGAACUUUCCAAAUCUAUUUUGGAAAAUAACAGGUGCUAUUUAUUGGAUUGUGGUGCUGAGGUAUUUGUUUGGGUUGGCCGUUUAACACAACUGGAUGAGAAGAAAGCUGCUAUUCGAACUUCAGAGGAAUUUGUUGGCAGUCAAAACAGACCCAAGUCAACACAUAUCACUCAGCUCAUUCAAGGUAACGAGACAAACUCCUUCAAGGCUAAGUUUGAUUCUUGGCCAUCAGCAUCGUCAGCACCUGCUCCUGAGGAGGGAAGAGGAAAAGUUGCAGCUUUACUGAAGCAACAAGGUGUUGGAAUCAAGGCUGCAAGCAAGACUGUUACUGUAAACGAGGAAGUCCCCCCUUUGCUUGAAGGAGGUGGAAAAAUAGAGGUUUGGUGCAUUAAUGGAAGUGCAAAGACUCCAGUUCCCAAAGAUGAUGUUGGUAAAUUCUACAGUGGAGAUUGCUACAUAGUCCUAUAUACCUACCCCUCAAAUGAUAAGAAAGAAGAUUAUUACUUGUGCUGGUGGAUUGGGAAGGAUAGUGUUGAGGAGGACCAGAAGAUGGCUUCUCGGUUGGCUACCACAAUGUGCAACUCACUGAAAGGGAGACCUAUACUGGGCCGAAUUUUCCAAGGGAAAGAGCCACCACAAUUUGUUGCAAUCUUCCAGCCGAUGGUGGUCCUUAAGGGUGGGUUAAGCUCCGGCUACAAGAACUACAUUUCUGACAAAGGCUUAAAUGAUGAAACCUACACUGCUGAUUCAGUUGCCCUUAUUCGGAUAUCUGGAACUUCAGAACAUAAUAACAAAGCAGUUCAAGUUGAUGCGGUGGCAACUUCUCUGAACUCCAAUGAGUGUUUUCUUGCUCAAUCUGGCUCUUCACUGUUCACUUGGCAUGGAAACCAGAGUACCUAUGAGCAGCAGCAAUUAGCAUCAAAGAUUGCUGAAUUCUUGAAGCCAGGAGUGGCUGCAAAACACACUAAAGAAGGAACUGAGAGCUCUGCUUUCUGGUUUGCUAUUGGUGGUAAACAAAGUUAUACCAGCAAGAAAGUAGCCCCAGAGGCUGUCCGUGAUCCUCACUUAUUCACGUAUUCUAUCAAUAAAGGAAAAUUUGAGGUUGAAGAAGUAUACAACUUCUCUCAAGACGAUCUGUUGACUGAGGAUGCCUUAGUACUAGACACGAAUGCAGAAGUGUUUGUUUGGGUUGGUCAAUCAACUGAUCCCAAUGAAAAGAAAAAUGCUUUUGAAAUUGGGCAGAAAUACAUUCAGAUGGCUACAUGCUUAGAAGGAUUAUCUUCUAAUGCUCCAUUGUAUAAAGUCACAGAAGGAAAUGAGCCUUGCUUCUUUACGACAUAUUUUUCGUGGGAUCCUGCAAAAGCUAUUGCAAAUGGAAACUCGUUCCAAAAGAAGGUCAUGCUACUAUUUGGAGCAGGUCAUGGUGCAGAGAAUCAUCCAAGAUCCAAUGGGACAAAUCGGGGAGGACCAACACAAAGAGCUUCAGCCUUAGCUGCUUUGAACUCUGCAUUUAGUUCAUCUUCUGCACCAAAACCUGUUGCAUCAAGGCCAGGGAGAAGUCCGCGAUCGGGUUCACAAAGAGCAGCUGCAGUAGCAGCUUUAUCUUCUGUUCUUACUGCUGAAAAACAGUCAACUGAUACCUCUCCUACUCGCUCUCCCACUCGCUCUCCCACUCCUCGCUCUCCUGCACGAUCAAGUAGAAGUCCACUAACACAAAGAGAAGCAAGUCCUACUGCUGUAAUUGAGAAUGAAAAAACAUCUUCUGAGUUUGAAGAUCCCAAAGGAUCUCCUGUAGUUAAGGAAACAGAGGUCGUGGAACCUGUGGCAGUGGCCAAUGGUGAGGGGUGUGAAUUAAAGACACAGCAAGAACAGGAUGACAAUAACAGUGAAGGUAGUCAGACCAUAUUCAGUUAUGAAAGGUUGAAGGUUAAAUCUGGGAACCCUGUUACUGGGAUAGAUUUUAAACGGAGAGAGGCUUAUCUAUCUAAUGGGGAAUUUGAGGCUGUUCUUGGGAUGAAGAAGGAAGCCUUCUAUAAGUUACCAAAAUGGAAACAAGAUAUGCAGAAAAAGAAGGUCGAUCUCUUCUAGAUUCCACAUCCAAAGCCAAGCAACUUCUCCCACUCUUCCCCUCCCCUCUUUCAAGCUCAUCUUUCAUUCUACAAGUUUUUCUUGCCAGAGCAACCUAUCUUUUAUAGGUACAUAAUGCCUGGAUUGAAUAUCUAGCAUUUCUACAGUCUUCCUUUGAAAUACCUUUAGUUUUUGGUAGUUUCAAAUUUCUGCUAUCUGCCUGCUUGAAGAGUGAUUUUUUUACUCCCCUCUUUUAAUACUGCCAUUUUGCCAAGAUCCAAAGAUUGCAGUUACAGGACAGCAGCCAGGUCGAUUCUUUGAUUUGCCCAGUUUGUGAUUUUUGGAGAAUCAGUUUCUUUCAAUCAUUUAUUUGUUGAUCAAAAAGGGUGUAUAUGUAUUUUGCUUUGUACUCAGAAUGAUGAAAUGCAGACAAAUAGUGGUUUGGACUCAGAGUUUCCACCCGACCAUUUCCUUUUAAUGCAAAUUUUUAUUUUAUUAGCUGCA